AUGACUGUAGCCCCCGACUCUGCCCAAUCGACCGCCCUCCUCGCCCUCCUCGUCUCCCAAAUCGAGCAGAACGUCCAGUUCUUGGCUGGGCAGGGGUACAUCUCCCAGGAGGACGCGGUAUCGUAUUGCCUUUGGGAUUCGAAGCUAAUGAGCGACGUGUUGUUGUUUUCAUUGUCCCUUGAUGUCCGCCUUGACUCCAUGACUGGCCCACCAUCCAUCCAUCCCCUCCGACCCGAUACUCGUCACCAUGAAUCCCGCCCGCCCUCUAACCCCAAUCCCAACUCCAAUCCCAACUCCAACCCCAAUACCAAUCUCGCAGCAGCAUCAACCCACACACCUUCGACGACAACAGCGACGAGGGAUCUAAGCUCCAAAACCUCCUCCGCCAUCUCGAAUUUGGGGAACAAGUUCUCGGGUAUGAUGAAGCCCGCCGCGCCCAAGGUGCAGCAGGCGAGGGCGUUGUGGGGGUACAACGAGGAUGGAUCUGACCCCAACGACCUCCAAUUCUCCGCCGGCGACAUAAUUGACAUCAUCGAAGAGACCAACGCCGAUUGGUGGAAGGGGAGGUUUAACGGCAAGGAGGGGCUCCUGCCUGCGAACUAUGUUGAGAAACUUCGUUCUCCACCACCACCACCACCCGCUCCUGCGCCUGCGCCUCAAGGUACGGGAAGGCCGUAUAAACCCUUCGGCGCGGCGUUCCACGGUGUUGAGCAGCCGCAGCCUCCUCAAGCGCAGUAUGGAAACCAACCGCAGUAUGGAAGUCAGCCGCCGCCCCCAGGCCAAGGCGUCAACCACGUCGGGUUGCAAGACACAGGCGACCAAGAAGAGAAGAAGAAGGGGUUCGGGAAGUAUAAGAGUACGCUGGCGCAUUCGGCGGCUGGGGGUGUUGGGUUUGGUGCUGUUGUUUUCGGUUUCGAUGGAGAUGGGAGGGGAGCGAGGGGAUGA